ACUCGGAAUCCUCCCAGGUCGCUCUGAAUGAGCAGGUUGCGGCGGACGCUCCGGUUCCGGACGGGGGUUACGGAUGGGUCGUGGUAGCAAGCUGUGCGGUCAUCACAUGGUGGUUUAUUGGUACCUCCUACAGCUGGGGUGUGAUGCAGGCCGCACUCGUUCAGCAGGGUCUCGGGUCCUCUUCCACCAUUUCAUUCGUCGGGUCCACUGCCGUGGCUUGUAUAUCCGGUCUAGCCAUCAUCAACGCGCGUGUCAUUCGCUUGCUCGGCACACAGCGCACGGCCCUCCUGGGAAUCACAAUCAUCGGCCUCGGCCAGAUUCUCAGCGGGUUCGCCACCAAAAAUAUCGGCGCUUUGUUCGUUACUACGGGGGUGAUUAAUGGAAUCGGAAUCAG